AAAGGAGCGAUGUGAUUGAGGGAGUGGGCGGGGUCCGCCUUCUCAUCCACCCGGGGAGGCUGGAGAGGAGGAAGGAGGAGUGUUGCGUGGAAGGUCUGUGUGGCACAUGACUUAAAAUGGCUUCGAGGGGAACCAUCGAGACCAGCAAGUUGAAGCAGAACUUGGAAGAGCAGCUGGACAGGCUGAUGCAACAGCUGCAGGAUCUGGAGGAGUGCAGAGACGAACUGGAUGUCAGUGAGUAUGAAGAAACCAAGAAGGAAACACUUGAGCAGCUGAGCGAGUUCAAUGACUCCUUGAAAAAAAUUAUCUCUGGCAAUAUGACCUUGGUAGAUGAGCUCGGUGGGAUGCAACUGGCUAUACAAGCAGCCAUCAGCCAGGCUUUUAAAACUCCGGAAGUCAUCAGGAUGUUUGCCAAAAAACAGCCUGGGCAGUUGAGGACAAGAUUGGCUGAGAUGGACAGAGACCUGAUAGUGGGGAAACUGGGACGAGACCUCUACACUCAGCAGAAGGUGGAAAUCCUCACGGCUCUCCGCAAGCUGGGAGAAAAGCUGACCCCCAGCGAUGAAAUUUUCCUUUCGACGAACGCGGGAACUGCUCUCAGCCAGUUUGAGAAGGUCUCGACUGAUCUUGGAUCUGGAGAUAAAGUCUUCGCCCUGGCGAGCUUUGAGGUAGAAAAAUCAAAGCAAUGAAGACGCCUCUUUUUUUUUUUGGAGACUAGAUGCAUUGGACUCUUUUUUUUUUAAUCACGUUGUAUUUGUGUGUUUCUUACAAACCUUUUGUAAUAUUCGUUAUUCUAACGGCAAGUUAAUCUAAAACAGGUCCCAGCCUUUUCAAAGUCAGCAACACACAUCUUGCUGUUGAAACGCAGAGGUACUUUCUUAAAAAAAAAAAAAAAAAACACCAAAAACAUUAGGUCCUAAUUUGCUGCUGUUGUCAGCUUUUGUGCGGAUCCGAGAGGUUGGCUCCCUCGCCUUCUGUGUCCAUCAGAUGCGCUCUGACCAGAGUAAAGUUGUUGCACGCAAUGAGACAAAGCCUCUCUCUUUAGCGGCCUUUCAAUCUCUACAGCUGCGUAUCUUGAACUGCUUGCAGGAAAUUGGUCUUUCUCUUUUUUUUUUUUAAUGGGGAGUAGGGUUUGUGGAACGCAGGCAGCAGCCUUUGGUGGAAAUCGUGCCUCUCUCAAAUCCUAGAUUGCCUACAAGCCCACCGCCUAUUCUUCUCUAGCCUGUUUGAUGUUACUGGGUACGGCUGUAGAGCAAAGACGCCACGGGCGAACAAUAGCACCCCUGUAAGGAAUUUUCUGGGCCAGUUUAACUUUGUGCAUCGGAAUGACAGUGAGCACAGUGGGAAGCAGCCGAAAGACGCGGGGCCUCUGGCUUCCCUUGUGUAGCUCGUAGUGUUACAACUAUGAGCUAUUGUUCUUCCUAUAUGUUCCAAGGGCAGCGUGAAACGGUGUCUUAAAUAGAAAUGAGGGGCUGUAGGGGACCCUCCCCGUACGAGUGGGCUGUGCCAUUUCCUGAACAGAGAUUUCAGUGCCCUGCCUCUUUUAGACCUCUCAAACUGUUGUUUUGGUACGAAAGUUUUUAGCUUGGAAUCGUGCAGCGUGAUGAAUGUGUUGCAUUUUCAACGCUGCUUGCCUUGAACGUUGGGAAACGAGUCAAUAUCAUCAACUGAAUACAUCUUCUGCUCCAAGUAGCCCACUCAGAAACAAAAGUGUUGCUAUUACUGCAUCUUAUCAACUAUUUUCAGCCCGUUCCAACUAAACCUGAGAGUAGCCAGUUGAGAAAAACUCUUAAUUAAAAUAGGAACAAAGGGGGUGAUUGUAUUUGCUUGCUUUACAAACAUCUAUUUUUGAGGAAGGCAUCUCUGCCCCAAAGCAUUCCCCCCAAAGGGAAACCCAGUUCCCAUGUUGCACUAAAUCAUGCUAUGGUCGGCGGUGUUUUGCUUAGCGGGUUGUGUAAGCCCCGUCACCUGAGGCUUAGUCAACAAGGUAACUGAACCAAGCUUUAACACGAUGCGUUAAAAAGGGGAAAGUGAGGCUCCUAGAGUGCCAGGGAAACAUUCAGGCCAUCACUUUCUAUAGUAAGACUAUUCCUGUUGUGAUAGCUGAAUAAUGGCCUAGCCAGACCAACCGUUUGUAGCAGCCUCGUUAUCGCUGGUUGGAGUUUGUCUGAUCCCUGCAGAAGGCAAGCUUUGUUUUGUGCGGCUGCGCCUGACUGUCACACCUGCUUUAAACAGGUGGCUCCUUCUGAGCUUGUUAUGCUUGGCUAUCUGCAUGUACUCCCCGCUCCUUUUUGCACAUGGCUCAUCUCACUUUAGUAAACCAUCUCUGAUUUUCUCUCAUUUUAUUUUCAUGGUCCGUUUAUAUUUCUCCCUUUAGGAACACCAGGGCUUUCAAACAAGACAUUCCGUUUUGAAUGUAUUUUGUGGGAAAGUAAUAGCAAAGGUUAUUUCAUUUUUAGCUUCCGCAUUUGAAAUUUUUGCUUAAAGUGGUUAUAAAUAGUCUUAAAGUAGGCAUUGGGCACUCUAGUCGUUUUUAAAAUCCUCUCUGUAAGCAAUCUAAAUUAUGUAAUGUCCUGAAACGGUUAAAAUAUUUGUCUAAUUGGACAUGUUUACUAUUGAAGAGGUUGUAUGCUAGUGUGACAGUCUAGGAAAAAUAGUAACCCCACCCCUUUCUGGAUUUCUGAAUAUACAGCUUAUUUCCAUGCACUAAAAACUGGUUAGAAGGAAUUGUAUUUUGUGAACUUUCUGUCCUUUACUGUGUCAGUUUUCCCUGCUUUCCUUAAUUAAAUGCUUCUUUGCUAUAACCUGGUCAUUCUCAGAAAAUUCAGCUCUUAUCUGUGAAAUUCCUAGCUCUUAAGUGGUUUAUGUUUUCUUCUGCAAGCUUCUCUAUUUUUUUCCAAUAUUUAUGUGUGAUAUGUAGUAAUACAAUAGCAUAUAAAAUAAGAUAGUUUGACAUGGUGAGAUUAUUUUAAUCUUAAACUGUUAGAAUGCCACGUUUUAAAUGAAAUUUUUUUAAAAAGAAUCAAACACAAAUCAAUUUGAUUUUCUAGCUUUGUAACAAUUUGCCUUAAAGUUUUCCCCCAAAUAACCAUUUUUGUGUGUGUAUGUUUAUCCGAAGCCAAAUACUAAUUACCUGAGAGGUGGAUCUUAUGCAUUGUCUUAAUGUUAAGCAUUGUACACACUUUCCACGCAGAAGGAUGCAGCUUUAAGUGUUCGUGGGCUUUGAAGGGAUGGAAGCAACUUGUUGGCUUCGGAAUGCAUGCCUCGAUUUUGAACCUCUCUUUGUUUUAAAUAUGAACCUUUCAACUCUG